AUGAAAAAGUUCGCCCGCCGGGGCCGUGAAAGCGUCCGAACUGGGCAUCAACGAGAACACGAUCCACACCCGGUCCCACCUGGGUCACUUCUUCAAAGUGGGGGAUUCCGAACUCGGAAACUCAAUCAGGACGCGAUUCCGGAGCUGCUGCUGUUCAAAAAUUACUACGACAAAUCCCAGCGCAGACAGUGCCGCAACUGGAAUCUCAAGCACCUCACCGAGGAGGACGCGUUGGACACGGACAUUAAGGAGGACUGCAACGAGUUCCUCGAGGACCUCGAGGAGGAUCCGGAAAUGCGACAGAACGUCGACAUCUUCAAGGACGCCGCCAGGCAGCAGUCUGUGCCGGUGGACGUCAACGAUAUGGCCGACCCGUCGGUGCCGCGCAUCACCCUGGAGGAGUUGCUCGACGAUCUGUUGCUGACGGUCGCCCAAUAUGGUCAAGCUCUCCGAGAUACAGUUAGUGUUAAACAACCACAUAGCAAGUUGUCGAACUUGCGUCGUGAGUACAUCAAACAGGUUCACAAGGUUCGACUCAGUUUUGACGAUCCUCCCCAAAUGAACCUGGGGUAUCCUUAUCAAACGGAGUCAUCAACUACUCGCAGAUAACUUUGAGGUGAAUUAAAUGAAAUUUUUCAUGUUGUUAUUAAAAAUAAAUGAGUGGUCAAAAUUAACAAUAGCUUUUUUUGCGUUCUUUUUUUAUAUUGAAACAGCAAAAGUACUUUCUACUUGGGUUUAGUAACGAGAAACAGGAUCGUAUAUAAGUAUAGUCCAGACUCGAUUAUCGGAAGCCUCGACCAGACAUGCAUCAUCACUAAGAGCUCUUCUUAACGGCACCCAGCUUGUUCUAGUUGGCAUUUACGUUUAAAGUAAUGUUAUGCUUGAAUAAUGUGUAGAAAACAUUGGUUCAUUGGAAAACCCGACUUUAGGUAUAUUUUCAUGUGACUGUGCUCAUAAGCUCUCAAGAAGAACUUCUUAAAAGCUCUUUGAGUGCACUCUAAAAGAAGAGUUAGAGCGGAUGCACGUCUGGCCUCGACCAGGGCCCAUCAAUAAUUCACGUGGACACUUUUUUGGAAAAUUUCAUUUUGAGAUUUUUUG